GAACGUGUUUGAUAGAAAAACUUAAUCAUCAUUGCAGAGAUGAUGAUGCUGCUUUCCGUUUCUUUGCAGAUGAUAAAUAAGAGGAGGAAAGGAGGUGGGAAGCUGAGUUUCGUUAAUAAGGUGGACAAGCUUGUGUUUUUGAGUUGUGAGUGAGGCGCAACACGGGCUUAGAGAGAGACAUUGCUGCACAUCUGGAGUCUCUGACAGCGGCGAAUAAGCAGCCAGAGUCUCCGCGCUGCGCCUGGAGGAGCACCACAGGCGAGAGAAGAACAGAGAAGAAACCUGGACGUGUGGACGACGUUUAAACUGGGUCGUGGCGCGCGAGCUACAUUUUGAAGUCAGCUAGCGUCCAAUGCUAGCUAACAGCAGGACGUAGCAUUGCGCGCGCGCGGACACAUACAUAUAUAUACAUACACACACACACUGACAACGUCGACCUGCGAAAUACGGACACACAGUCACACACACACACAUCCUGUCUCUCUGUCUGUGUGUGUGUGUGUGUAUGGGUUAACUAGCUGGGAAAUUUGCCAACCAAAUGGUCAUGUCUCACAAAUAGCCUCCUAGAGAAGCCUUUCGAGCUCCAAAUCCAGAUAACAUUACAGAAGCGUUCCAUUAAUUAUGAUGAUUCUUGAGCACAGUGACUGUAAGAUCUGCCCAUGCUGACUCAGCCCGUAGUGAUAUCUUGUAACUUGAACAGUUUCCUGACGACAGGAUUUUUUGGCAUGCUGUCUCACUCGGUGUCACGUCAUUCUAAUGUGCUCCUCACUCGAGGUGUUCGGGAUGAACUUGGUUCCAGCCCUCUGAUGCCCCCGAGCUAGGGCCUGCCUGGUGGAUUCCUCAUUCGCCCCGCUCCACUGCCAACAUGCUGAUUAAAGAGUACCGCAUCCCCAUGCCCAUGAGCGUGGAGGAAUACCGCAUUGCCCAGCUCUACAUGAUCCAGAAAAAGAGCCGAGAGGAGAGCGAGGGCGAGGGCAGUGGUGUGGAGAUCCUGGAGAAUCGACCCUACACGGACGGGCCCGGUGGCUCGGGACAGUACACCCACAAAGUGUACCACAUUGGUCAGCACAUCCCCAGCUGGUUCCGUUCCAUCCUGCCCAAAGCAGCUCUACGGGUGGAGGAGGAGUCCUGGAACGCCUACCCUUACACUCGCACCCGUUACACAUGCCCUUUUGUGGAGAAGUUCUCUAUCGACAUUGAGACGUAUUAUAAGCCCGAUACAGGGAACCAGAACAACGUCUUCAAUUUGUCUGCAGCGGAGAAAAGGCUGCGGGAUAUCGACCCUAUAGACAUUGUGAAAGAUGUCAUUGCACCUCAUGAGUACUUGGCUGAGGAGGAUCCCAAGCUGUACAAGUCGGUGAAGACUCAGCGAGGCCCUCUGUCAGACAGCUGGAUCCAGGAGAUUAGCCAUAACCCAGGCAAGAUGCCUGUCAUGUGCGCCUACAAGCUGUGCAAAGUGGAGUUCCGUUACUGGGGCAUGCAGUCCAAGAUCGAGCGCUUCAUUCACGAUGUGGGUCUGAGGAAAGUGAUGGUGCGUGCACACCGGCAGGCUUGGUGCUGGCAGGAUGAAUGGUAUGGCCUGACUAUGGAAGACAUCCGGCAGCUAGAACUGGAGACUCAGCUAGCUCUGGCCAAGAAGAUGGCACAGUUUAGUUGCAGUGAGGAUGGAGGUGAGGGCAACGCCAGUCCUGCAAAAGAACAGGAUGCCAAAGAGGCCAUCAACGCCAUAGAGAAUGAAAGUGCAACACGGAGUCUCGGGGACACGCUGCAGGCUCGGGGAGAACUCACCAAGCAGUGGUCCACCUCAUCCAGAUCCUCCCGCUCUUCAAAAAGAGGAGCAAGCCCCUCUCGACACAGUAUUUCCGAAUGGCGCAUGCAGAGCAUCGCCCGCGACUCUGACGAUAGCACAGACGAUGAGUUCUUCGAUGCACACGAGGAUCUCUCAGACAAUGAGGAGAUAUUUGUCAAAGAGAUCACCAAGUGGAAUUCCAACGACCUGAUGGACAAAAUCGAGACGGCGGAGGUGGACGAACCCCAAAGUGACUUGUACCAGGACUCUGGGAUUGAGUAUUCUGAAACUGGGAACGUCCAAAGCCUUAAUGAGGAUGGCUCGGGUCAGCAGGGCCUGCAGUCGUCGAAGGUGCACGUGUUGCUCCUGGUCCUGCAUGGAGGCAACAUCCUGGACACGGGAGGUGGAGAGCAGAGCAGCAAGCAGGCUGAUGUCAACACCAUCAGCUCGGUGUUUGAGACAGUCAUGCGUGUGCAUUACCCGGCAGCUCUAGGCCACAUCGCCAUCCGGAUGGUGCCGUGCCCCGCUGUAUGUGUGGAGGCUUUUUCACUCGUGUCAAAUUUAAGUCCAUACAGCUAUGAUGAGGGCUGCCUCUCUAACAGUCAGGACCACAUCCCUCUCGCUGCUCUGCCCCUGUUGGCCACUUCCGCUCCUCAGUAUCAGGAUGCCGUGGCCGCUGUUAUAGUGCGAGCCAAUCAGGUGUACGGAGAUUUCAUAAAAUCAUUGGAAGGUACCGCAUUCUCUGGCCAGGUGUGUCUGAUAGGUGACUGUGUUGGAGGGAUCUUGGGCUUCGAUGCCCUCUGCAGCAGCAACAUCACCGUGUCUGAGAGCCAGAACAGUAGCAGAAGAGGGAGCAUAGUCAGUGUGCAGGACAACGAUCUGCUCUCGCCAGGCAUCAUCAUCAACAGUAGCCCUUCAGGCUCAGGUUCAGGUUCUGGUUUGUCCCUGGAAGGCAGCCGUCACUUGAGCCGCAGCAACAUCGACAUCCCACGCUGCAGCAGUGCCGACGAUCCCAAGAAACAGCUGCCCCGCAAGCGUAGCGACUCCUCCACCUAUGAACUGGACACAAUCAAGCAGCACCAGGCCUUCUUGUCUAGUCUGCACUCCAGCGUUUUGAGGAAUGAUCCAGGCUCCCGGCGGUCCAGUAACAGUACUAUGCUGGAAGGAGGUGGCGCUCUGGGCAAGUUUGAUUUCGAGGUGUCUGAUUUCUUCCUGUUUGGCUCUCCUCUGGGUUUGGUCUUGGCUCUGAGGAAAACUGUGGUUCCUUCACUAGAUGUGGCUCACCUCCGUCCAGCCUGCCAGCAGGUGUAUAACCUGUUCCACCCUGCAGACCCGUCAGCAUCACGCCUGGAGCCACUGCUGGAAAAGAAGUUCCACCUGCUGGCACCCUUUAGUGUUCCACGUUACCAGCGUUUCCCUCUAGGCGACGGGCACUCGGCUCUGUUGGUGGAGACCCUCCAGAGCAACCCUCACCUCCUGCUGGAGAGUGGAGGCCGCUGCCAUGAUGGCUUAGGCGAGACCUCCAUCCCUGUUCCCGUGCUCAACUGGCAGGCUGCGCCAGCCACGCCUGAGUCGGAUGUAAUGCACUCUCACGGGGGGAUGUUCCUGGAGAACUCUUACCCCUCGUCUCCUGCCUCAGCCUCAGCAUCCCGGAUCGUUCGAAGACCCAGUGAGGUCAGCAUCGCUAGCCAGGUUUCCGGACUGGCGGAUAGUUACACUGCCUCCAAUAUUGCCAACACACAAGCAUGCCAUCUCAAUCAGUCCAAAAAGCUUAGCCUUUUGUCCCAGCUGGCCCUCCCUUAUAACAAAAUGUCCUCAAGAAGCCCAUCCCCGAAAGCCCGCUACAGGUUGCUCAGUAGCAGAGCGGCGGGCUCAGAUGAGGUGAGCUGCUUCGAGCCCUCCCCUCUCCCCGACUCCAGCCCUCCAUCGCCGAGCAUGCAGCUGGAUAUAGAGCAAGUCGCUGCUCGCUGGUGGGGGACAAAGCGCAUUGACUUUGCCUUGUAUUGCCCUGAUGCCCUGACUGCCUUUCCCACCGUGGCUCUACCUCACCUGUUCCAUGCUUCCUACUGGGAGUCUACAGACGUCGUGUCCUUUCUGCUCAGACAGGUAAUGAGGCAUGAGAACUCCAGUAUUUUGGAGCUGGAUGGGAAGGAAGUUUCAGAAUUCACACCCUCCAAACCACGGGAGAAGUGGCUGAGGAAGAGGACACAUGUUAAGAUCAGGAACGUAACGGCGAACCAUCGUGUGAAUGAUGGAGUUUUUACAGAGGACGGCAUGCAGGUGGUCACCGGCCGUUUCAUGUAUGGCCCGUUGGAUAUGGUCACACUAACUGGAGAGAAGGUCGACAUUCACAUCAUGACACAACCUCCAUCAGGAGAGUGGGUGUAUUUCGACACGGAGCUGACCAACAGCAGUGGCCGAGUUGCUUACACAGUCCCCGAGAGCAAACGACUAGGGAUCGGCGUUUACCCAGUCAAAAUGGUGGUCAGAGGUGACCACACAUCUGCAGACAGCUACUUGACUGUGCUGCCACGUGCCACAGAGUUUGUAGUGUUCAGCAUCGAUGGCUCGUUUGCUGCCAGUGUGUCUAUUAUGGGCAGUGACCCUAAAGUGAGAGCAGGGGCAGUGGAUGUUGUCAGGCACUGGCAGGACUUGGGCUACCUGAUCGUGUACGUGACGGGCCGUCCAGACAUGCAGAAGCAGCGGGUGGUGGCCUGGCUCUCACAGCACAAUUUCCCUCAUGGAAUCGUGUCCUUUUGUGAUGGUCUGGUACACGACCCCCUUCGUCACAAAGCAAACUUCCUCAGGUCCCUCAUCGCUGAGGCACAUAUGAAGAUCUUUGCUGCGUAUGGCUCCACAAAGGACAUCUCCGUGUACACUUCACUUGGCCUGCCACCAUCUAAUAUCUACAUCGUUGGCAGACCAACCAAAAAGAUGCAGCACCAGUGUCAGUUCAUCUCGGAUGGUUAUGCAUCUCAUUUGUCGCAUCUGGAGUACAGUCAGCGCUCGCGACCAGCCAAGACGGGCAGCACACGUGUGACUCUGCGUAAGGGAAGCUUUGGUUUGGGUGCCAGUGGCGACUUCCUGCGCAAACGCAAUCACCUGCUGCGCACCAUCUCCUCCCAACCAGCACCCUCCUCCUCAGCCACGUCCUCUGGCCACGGGGGCCGUCCUGAGCGCGCUCAAAGCCAAUCAGAGUUUGACCGGGAGCGGUCUGACCGUGCACAGAGAAGCAUGAGCAUUGCCGCAGGCUGCUUUGGGCGUUCAGGGAAGAUGGAGGGAGGCGCCCUGAGCCCCAAGUAAACCCUCCAUCAGCUUGGCAUUUGUAACUGGGAGUCUGCUGGUCCAUGGGAUUUUAAAGGAAGGGCGGAUUGGGAAGAAUGAAAAUAGAACGGACUCGGAGAGACUGACACAGCUUUUCUAAUGUAGCAAGAGUGGCAUUGAGGAAAAAUAUUUUGUUCCACUGGGGUAACACGCCAAUAAGAAAUCUAAUGCCUUAUGCAUCGCUCUCGGUUUUGAAACGCUGGUCCUUGCCUCUCGGUUUGCUUGAAUGUACAGAGAAAGUGGAUGCUUGGGUAGUUAUGGCUCCUCCAAUCUCCACCUGCAUCAUCAGAAAAGUGGAAGAAGUCUCUAAUGUGUCACGACGUCCACCAACAUUUUCCAUCUGUAAAUACAUGCCUCACUCCUCACGUGCUCAGGGCAGCCGUGUACAGACGAGUCGGCCAUGGUCAAUCCCAGAAGCCACUUCGCCACACUCAAUUCCUCUUUGCUAACUGCUAACCCCCAGUUUCUUCCUUUUUUUUUUUUUUUCUUAAGUUGUUCUUGUGGAGGGGGUUCUCGUCAAAAGCCCUGCAGCAUUUGGCAAUAAGGACCCACCAUGUUGUAUCUUGUGUUUGGCUCACAGGUCAUUGGAGGCCUUGCUUCUUAACAGUGUAUCACCACACGAGCAUUAAACAUACACCGGGCGAGUGCUGCUCUGGGGCUGAAAUCGAGGACGUUAGCAUUUUUUCGACACUCAAUCUGUAAUUUGGCAACAAUCCCUUUAUCUGGCCAUCUGCUUGCAAUACCUCUCGGACAUCGCUAGGGUGUCUAGUGCUCCUGAAAAAACUCAUCUCUCUGGUGCAGCAUGCCAUGUAUAGAUAGCCAAGUACAAAUCCUCCUGAGCCUCCACGUGAUCACGCUUCCUCAACACCAUUUCUUCUCCCUGGUUCUGGAGCAAAUCCACAAAGGAGACGACUGGAAUAGGGGUCUAUCCAUAUUCACAACGUGAACAUUGGAAAAAUCCAUUUUCUCCAGACGGUCAAAACGGUAGUUAGUCGUCUCUCGCCAAUUUGUGCACCUUUUAUUGCUUUGAUUUCUUGGAAGAAUCGUCGAGUAUACGGACAACUGGGGACACUUGAUAAAACCGAUGGCCAAAAUCAUUUCUUUUACAGAAGCUGUAGUUACGUAAAUGUAUAGCCUCAUUGUUCCUUUUGCACAAGUCGAUAGUGGAGAACCUUGUUACCAUCUCAUGUGGCUACAUAUUGUUAUCGUGUAGUGCAUGAUCCUUAUUAAUAUACGACAGGAUUUGAGUGCGUGUGCGCACGACGGUAGUAUUUUCUCUCGGUCAGGAUUAGAGAUGUGCCAAAAUUAGAACGAUCAUAGCAGUGACCAAGGAAACGAUAGGCUUUCAGUUAUUUCCUUUGUAAUGUACUAUUGAGUAUUUGAUCCGAGUGUAUAUUUGUGCUAUAAAGAUCUGUUGAGUUGAGCUUCGACGGCACAUCUAUACUGUUUAUAAGAUUUUAGAUCAUUUCAGGUCAACAUGAAGUCCUUUAAAAGUCCGUGCUCUAGCUUACUGUUCAUAUGUAAGUGAGAUGUAUAGAACUGUUGCAGGAUAUUAAUUUAAUCAUAAGCUGUGAUUUUUACUUUCGUUUUUAGAUUCAACGGCAUGAUACGUUGUAGCCAAAUAUUGUAUAAAUUUUUUUUUUUAAAUUUGUUAACAGGCAGACACUGGACGAGAAGAUGUGUUGUAUUUAAUUAGGAUCCUAUUGGAGUUGUUUGUAUAUUUGAAUUGAGUACUGGGAGGUUUUUGGAUGCAGCAGCCGCUUGUUUAUAAUCGUUCAGGGGAACGUAGAAUGUUUUCCAAUCGUGUUGGAAUAACAGACGUGUAGAUAUUGUAAAGAUGUACAUUUUACUAUAUGAGAAAUGUAUGGUCGGAAAUUAUUUAUGUAGAUCUGCAAAAGUAAUGUCAGAUUUUAGUGUGUUCAUGGUUGCUUUAGUUUUUUGUUUUUUUAUAUAUAUAAUUGAGAUCAUUUCUUUAAGGACCAACACCAUUAAUGCCAUCAGUGCAGUUUGUGUACAAGAAGACUACAGAAGACACCACCGCACAGACAAUCAGUCUCGGGCACACAAGCAACACACCUAUGACAAAACACGCACUCCUGGAAAUACGACACUCAUCAAGGACAUUUUCUAGAGGAUGUAAAAGUUAUUUUAUUAAACUGUGGUCUUUUUAUUUAUUGGAAAGUUUCACCAAAUUUAAAAGAGAUGGUUCAGUGGAGGUAUUUUAUAUGGAGAAUUUAAGGUGGCGUUUAAAGUUAGACUGCCUUUCAGAUUUUGAGUGGAAUUUUCCCUGACAUCCAGGUAUUUUUGUUUAGUGGACCAAAGGUGACUUCUGAUUUUAUUAGGUUUUUUUUUUUCCUCCUAACGGAACAACUAAUGAAUUUAAGGACACGUGGCCCUAAGUUCUCCGCUAUUUUUUUUUCCUACUUCACCAUGACCCAAUUCAAGAUACUACGUCAUGCAUCAUGUGGUGGGCUUUCCCUGUUUGCGCCAGGCAUUGUGGGAUACAAAUUUGAAACGGGAGAGAAAAAUGGAGGACGCGAGUGUGUGAAUGAAAUGUGAAAGACCGACUACAGUAACAGAAAGCGAAAAGAAAAAAAGACGCUGUAUUGUGAAGGAAAGGAAACGCAGGACCAAACUAAUAAAUAUCAGCGGAGACUGUGGGAUGAUCAACUUGCACAUGUGCACAUGCACUUCCCACGUUUGCUUGACUGCAUGAACUGGGUGAUCUCGCACAGAUUAUUUGCUUGGGAAUCCCCUCAAAUUAGACAUGUUCCCAGUCACAGAAUUGCCUGAUAUUUUGUGAGAUAUUAGAGAAAAACAUGCAUCAUUAUGACCAAGUUUCGGAGAACUAAAUUUUAUUGAUUUAAAUUGAAAGGCAGUCUUCCUUUAAGGCAUAAAAUGGCAACAUCAUACAAGUUUACCGUUCUUGAAAGAAAAAAGUGUUUGUGUAAUAAUAUACCUUCACUUAGCUUUUUAAAUCUGUCCAGCAGAGGGAGUAAGUGAGCAGCUUUCAUGCAAGAAAAUGCAGAGGGUGUUUUUUUUUUUUUAACCAAUCCAUGUACAAUAUGUACUGCUGGUUGAUUUUUGUUUUAUACAUAAGUCCAGAAAUGUCUAGCACCUUCCCCCUGCUCCAUGAAUGCCAAAAUCUCUUCUGGAAGUACCUUCUGAUUAAGAAGCUAAGAUUUGUCAUUACUGCUAUUUAAAAAUCAUGUUGCAAUCAAAAACAAGUUCUCCAAUCCAAGUUAUUUUCAUCUCAUCUCAUUAUCUCUAGCCACUUUAUUCUGUUCUACAGGGUCGCAGGCGAGCUGGAGCCUAUCCCAGCUGACUACGGGCGAAAGGCGGGGUACACCCUGGACAAGUCGCCAGGUCAUCACAGGGCUGACACAUAGACACAGACAACCGUUCACACUCACAUUCACACCUACGGUCAAUUUAGAGUCACCAGUUAGCCUAACCUGCAUGUCUUUGGACUGUGGGGGAAACCCACGGGGAGAACAUGCAAACUCCACACAGAAAGGCCCUCGCCGGCCACGGGGCUCGAACCCGGACCUUCUUGCUGCGAGGCGACAGCACUAACCACUACACCACUGCACCGCCCCAAGUUAUUUUAAUUAUUCUACUUAGACAACCUUAGUCAUUCAGUAUGCAACAAGUGUACACCGAACGCAAUUUCUUAUCUUUGUUUCCCCUACCUUUGCCCAGCCCAAUUUUUUUUUUUUCCUUUUAAUUCAACCAAAUCAUGUACUUACUCCAUCCAAUGUUGUAUCACAAAUGUUAAGAUACAAAUUUGGUCAAUGUUACUGGCAACCACAGGAAAGCAAGCCAUUUUCUGUAACUCCUCAUUUUAAAUUAUUGUGGAAUUUAUUUAACAUUUUAAUUUUUUAACCACAGACCAAACACUCCUACCUGUUCAGAAAUAUUAGCCCUCAUUUUUAGGUGCAUGUUGGCAACACUAUUCUAUAUAUCUACUCAUUUAUAUAUUACAGAUUUAUAUACACCACCAGGUCAGGUUUUGAGUGUAAUGUUCCAUUUUUCAAUAACUUAUUACGAAUACACUGUCCUCUGUGUAGAAACGGCAAUCAGCAUGUAAUUUAAAAAAAAAAAAUGCAUUUGCACAUUUCAAAUUGUACAUGGCACAAUGUGAUAUUGUAAAAAUAAUCAGCCACAUUGUACUUUAGCAAAAACGUGGCAGCAGUUUUAAACGCGAGUAUUUUUUCUCCCUCCAAGAAAACUCCAUUGCACCUCGUUUUUUUUUCAUUGCCGCGUGUUCAGAUGGUGUCCCAACAAACCCCGGUAUUUCCAAACAUGCCUUUGAAAUCCAAACUGUAACAUUGUCAACAGUUUUGAUCUGAAAACUUCUCAGCUCUUUUUUUUCCCACCCACUUGUGCUCGAUUCUGUAUUAUUGUAUGUACUGUGGAUUAAAUACAGUUGGACAGCUA